CGGACGGACGGACGAACGGAAGGACGAACGAACGGACGCACGCACACGCACACAGAAGCGCGCACAAGGCUCUUCCGAAACGCGGCGCCGCAGGUUUGGCACGCGCGCCCCCACACGUGUGCGCUCAUGUCCCUCGAGAGGAGGUCGAGGCUCCGAGUGCGUGCGCGCCCCUAAGAAUAUCUCCCCCUUGUACACGAAGUGAAGGAAAUGUACGCAAAUCUAGUCCUCAAGUGAGCUAGUCAAGUGACAGUGAUUGUUUGGUGUGCCUGAAACCAACUUCUGGGACCUUUUUUGUUCGUGGUAUGAAGAGAGCGAGACGAGACUGGUGACUGUUUUUCUCUGCUGUUAACUGUGCCUUGAUGUGCUCAGCCUACUCAGUUAUAUUCUGAAAUAGCUACGCCGUGUUCAGCGCUCCCUCCCCCGUGGCCACGAUGCAGUCAGCACCUUCUGGAGGCUUCAGCUUGUACCCGCGGGCGCCAGUGUCCGUGGUGCCGCCCGCUCUCCUCACUUACCAGAUGCUAGCCUCACAGCCCCCGCGGGAUCCUCCCCCCACCUACCCUCUCCUGCAUUCCUCAUUCUUCCUCCCCAUCCACCACGGCCGCAGCCCGGCCCUCUCGCCUCACUCGCCGAAGGAGGCCGAGGAGAAAUCCGUGCCGGUCCUUCCGUCUUCCCCGAGGGCGCAGGCCGCAGGGGACUCUGCCAGGAGCUCCCCCGCCUCCUCGCCGCGGCUCUCCGCCACCCACGCCUCCCUCAAAGUCACAGCCGUCAUCGACGCGGCGGCGGACAUACCGGCUGCCGCGGACGUCGCCGAACUGCGGCUGGCCAGACGACCGGACGCCGAGGACGACAAGAGAGAGCUUCCGCUCGACCUCACGACCAAGCGGCGGCUGGAGGGCGAGGACGGCGCUGUGACCUCCAGCCACUCCGACAGCGAAGCGCCCGACGCCACGAGCGACGACAGAUUCCGCUCAGAGAAGCCCGAGAGCCAGGCGGAGGUGGUGAGACCGAAGCCCAGACAAGACCAUCCCUUCCUGAGAAUAAGCGACUUGUUGAAGGACUCGCCGACGACGACCUCUGCGCCGCCGACGACGCCUCCGCAGGUUCAGAGUGAUGCUCCUACGAAGCUGCCUCUCGUCUACCCUCGACCCCUCCAUCCCGCGGCCUUGCUGGACAUGUACAGGUCCUUGGACCGCAGCGCGUUCAUGGCGGGGAGCUGCCUCCCUCCCCCCCGCUAUCCCCUCUUCGGCUCUCUGUUCCCCCCGGCGAGCCUCCCCCCCGUCACUCCCGCGAGGUCGGUCGGCCUCGACUUCUUCAAGAGCCACCUCCCGGCCACUCCUCGCCACUACGCGGACCUCGGCCGGCCCUACAGCGACCUCCUGGCGCCGCACACGACUCGCAGCGCCAAGGACAGGUACACGUGCAAGUUCUGCGGCAAGGUGUUCCCGCGCUCGGCCAACCUGACGCGGCACCUGCGGACGCACACGGGCGAGCAGCCGUACAAGUGCAAGUACUGCGAGCGCUCGUUCAGCAUCUCGUCCAACCUGCAGCGCCACGUCCGCAACAUCCACAACAAGGAGAAGCCGUUCAAGUGCCCGCUGUGCGACCGCUGCUUCGGCCAGCAGACCAACCUCGACCGCCACCUCAAGAAGCACGAGGAGGAGGGCCCCAACCCUCCCGACUCGCCCGAAGCGCCCGAGAUCCCCGACUCGAGCGUGGCGUCCCUGUCGAGCAGCAGCGCGGCCGAUCUGGACGCCGACAGACUCGACGUGGACACCGACGAGGAGAUCAAGCUGGAGAUCACGGCGGUGCCGGCGAGACUCGUUUCCGGAAGCUGCGCCGCCGACAACAGCGCGCCCGAGGAGCUGCACGCCGCGGCGCCCGACGAACCGCCGGCGAAGCGCUCCAGAAUAGAAUAGCGCGUCGGCCUCUCACUCAGAUAGACCUAGUCCUAGAUAGUCCUUUGUUUAGUUCGACGCCCUUAUUUGUUGUUUGUUAAUUUGUACAGCUGUACAGUGACUUGCAAAUCGGUAAAUGAUUCAGAGAUGUCUAGUCUAUUACAAAAAAAAAAAAAAAAAAAAAAAAAAAAAA